AGCAGUAAACUGCUUUCUCAGAUGUAUGCCAAAUUGAUUGCGACGAAAAGUAAAUCAAAGUUCACUGCUACGAAAAGUGGAACCUCGGAGGCGGAAGCUGACAGUGAAGAGAAUGCAGAUGAAGAAGAGAUGUUGACCACUGUGACCCUCACACAAACCAUGACCCAAAUCGACGAUCAGUCCAAGGAGGAUGGCGAUGUUGAUAUGGAGGCUACAUUCACUCAGUGCACUCAGGAACAACUGGUAGGAAAACACGAGCCAGUGAUUGUUUUACAACAGUUCAAACAAGAUGGAGAUACGCUCUCUCUGCCAAAUUCAUUGAAACUGUUGCAUCCACUCUAUAUAGUGUUGUACGAUGUCGAUGUAACAGCGAUAAGACAAAUCGAGUGCUUCCAAGCGGCAGACCUGUGUACCAGAUAACUGUCUACUUCCUAAUUCAUGGCGAAAGUGUUGAAGAACAAGCCUAUCUCAC